GCUUUCCAACGAUUUUUUUUUUGGCAAUAAUUUUUUUUGCACAUAUGAUGGCUUUCACUUUUUGAAUAAUAGCUUGUGAAGUUUUUCUUUUGUUGUUUAAAUUGUUUUAAAAGUCGAUUUUUAUAAAAUGUUUUUCUACUGCAUGUUUGUAAUGAAAUCUUUGUAAUGGUAUAUUUGCAUAAAUUAAAUAUAUAUAUAUAUAUACAAAAACUCUACACUGCCCAUAAAAACAAGAAUGUCCUUACGCGCAAUUAAGAAACGGGAAAAUCAGUUGAACUCCAGCGCAGCAAUCAAGCCAAAAACGUUCUCCAAAAACUUUAACAAUUUGCCUGUGUGUUCUAAAACUAAAAAUACAAAGCCAAGUAAACAUAACGCAACAGUGAAUUCCUCCAGCGCAACUCUCAGUUCAGUGCAUAGUUUGCGUAAGCAACAUAUUUUACUUGGUCGCGCUAUACAUUCUACGCCUGACUUGCAGCAAACCACAGAAUUGUAUAGACUCGUAGCUGCAAGCGCUCACUUGGUGCGGACAAAAUCUGCAGGUGAUGUUGACAAAUUAAUAACCAAUUAUACUGGGAACUUAACUGAUACUACUGGUGGUGGACUUACGAAUGCUAAGUCUGAAAUUUGCUUGCAAACAAUUUCAUCGCACAGUUAUACAACAACGCACGACACAAAUUCAAUAUCGUCACAAAGGCAAAAGCAAGGCAAUAUGAUAUCUGGUGCUCGAUCUCAUCGUGAUCUUACACAGUCUGCAUAUGUACAUUCCUCUAAUGAUAUGAUGACAGUACCGCAUAGGCGUCGCAUGAGCGAGUGCAGUUAUAAUUCCAGUGGCAUGUCAUCAAGUGCUUUGACGCUAUCCUCAAAUAACACCGAUCAGCCAAACAGCGUGGUGCGAGUGCCGAUUAUAGGUUACGAGGUUAUGGAAGAGCGUGCACGCUUUACUGUGUACAAACUGCGUGUUGAGAAUCCACAUACUAACGACUGUUGGUUGGUACUGCGGCGCUACACAGAUUUUGUGCGUCUCAAUACAAAAUUAAAACAAGCUUUUCCAAAUGUAACUUUAAUGCUGCCGCGUAAAAAAAUAUUCGGAGACAAUUUUAAUUCUGUAUUUUUGGAUAAUCGGGUGCAAGGUUUGCAGAUGUUUGUCAAUUCCAUUAUGGCUAAAGAUGAAUUACGUAAAUUUAAAAUGGUUCGAGAAUUCUUCUGUUUGGAUGAGCCACCAACAUACUCUGAAUCAAUGGAGGAAUGUAGGGCUAUUUUCGAAGCACAAGAGGAAACAAUAGCACAUCUUAAAUUACAAAUUAACAAUAAAAACGAUUUAAUUUUAAGUCUGCAACAAAAAUUGCAGGAAGAAAUGGCAGAAAAGGAGCAACUUAGAGGAGCUUUAAAGAAUGUUUCUUUAAACUGCUCACAAUGCUCCUCGACGAAAAUUCCAAUCAAAUAACUUUUGAUAUUUUGACAAUUGUAUUGUCAACUUAGGUUUCUUUUCAAAAGGAUUUAUAUGCUAAGCAUUAUUAUUUACUACAUCUAUGUAAUAGUUUUCAUUAAGAAAAAAAA